AGAACUAACCCGGAAAAUAUUUGAUGCCGAGCCCAGAGAGGCAGGCGACCUACCCAAGGUCAUUUAUCCAGUCUGAGCACAGUUUAAAAUAUGGAACCUUUGUCCUGCUCCACAGCCGGCUUCUGAACACAAAUGCUGUCUCUGUUGAUAUAGGGGAACCUACUCCCGUGCUACUGUAUGUCCGGGAAAGACCAGAUAAUAUUUGUGACCAAAGAAGACCAUGAGACUCCUAGCAGUGCAGAGCUGGUGGCCGAUGACCCCAACGACCCAUACGAAGAACAUGGGUUGAUACUGCCAAAUGGAGAUAUCAACUGGAACUGCCCGUGCCUGGGGGGAAUGGCCAGCGGCCCCUGUGGGGAACAAUUUAAGUCGGCUUUUUCCUGCUUCCACUACAGCACAGAAGACAUCAAGGGAUCGGACUGUGUAGACCAGUUUCGGGCCAUGCAGGAAUGCAUGCAGAAAUACCCAGACCUGUAUCCCCAAGAGGACGAGGAAGAGGAGGAGGAAGAGAAGCCAGCAGAACAUGAAAAGGAAACGGCUCCCUCUAAAACCACUGCUUCCAAAGAAGAGGCGGCAUCUAGUUAAUGCAGGCCACUCUGCAGGCUUCCGUCCUCUCAUUCCAGAGUGACAUGGACCUUUUGCAAAAUGCCUUUCCGUUGCUCUUCAAGAAAUGUGUUUUCCUAUGUUGGUCUGUGCACUGUAAUGUAUAAAAUAAUUUAUUUUGAUGAUCAAGGUCUUGCCCCUUGACAGAUACACUGAAAAGCAGAGCAGAGGGUGUGUGUGUAUGUGUGUGUGUGUGAGUGUGUCCCCUGCAUAAACCUGUCGGCCAGUGUCUCUGCCAUUUUGGAUUUCUCUGAUUGGCCUGAAUUUUGCCACUCCGAAAUAAUGUACUGAAUAUUCUCAGCAAUCAAAAAUUGUUACCCAGGGAAUGUUUCUCAUGAGUUGAUUUGUUUUGGUCUGUAAUAUCAUUUUUGUAGCUUUUAUACCUCUUUAGGAAAUUAAAUAGAAGCAGCAGCAUCUUCCUUCUGAAAUGCUCUGUGGGGCCAUUCCUCAUAGAAGAGGCCAGGUGGGCAAGACCACUGUACCCUUGCGUGUGGGGUCCUGGACUCCAUUCCUCAUGUAAUUUGGUUUCCAUUCACCUUGCGCUUGGUUUUCUAGUGUGGAAAGUACAGAUCUGGACCCUCUAAUUCCUGUCCCUUUCUGUGUGAAAGGCAAGACUGCUUUUUGCUGUUCUUGUUUUGUUGUUUUGUUUUACUUUUCCAAGAGCCCUGGUUUAGGGUUCAUAUUCACACUGGCUCUCAGGCUGGUCAGAUGUCGUGUUCUUAGAUGUUGGGACCUGAUUAUUACCAGUGUAGCAGCCAAGAGAGGAAACUGUGAAUUCAGUAACUCAAUUAAAAGAAAGGUGAUUUCUACUUGA